CCUAGACAAUAGUUGAUGCUCGGGGACUUUGGGGUGUGUGUGUGUGUGCGUGUGUGUGUGUGGUGGGUGGGGGGCACGUCAGCCCUCGGAGCCUCCAGGAGCGCGCCCCUAUCGUCAGCCCGCAUCCCGGGGGCCCCCCUGGAAGGCAGGCUCGGGGACUUGGGCUGAUUCCGCCCCCGCCCGCCUCGGGCCCCCCUCCGCUCGGCGCUGGGCGCCCGCCGUUCUCCGCAGAGGCGGCGGCGAGGGAGCGCGCACCGACCGUCUACGCGGUUUCUCUUUCUCCCCAGGGAGAGCGCGCGACGGACGCGCCCAGGACGCGCGGCGGCCACCCUCACCCCACGAGGCCGCGGAGGAGCGGUGAAACUUCAGAAUUGAGUCUCCCAUAAUGCUGAAUGUGACCUGAUUUCCAAGAUUUUUAUAAGAAGAAUCAAAAGAACUACACAAUCAGGAUGUACAAUCACACUAUCCAACAGAAGAGGCGUGUGAACCUGUAUGUAGUUUCCUGGUUGCUGUAUUAAGGUGUUAGAGAUGACCUCAAGAUAGACUCAAAAGCAAGACUGAACGGCCACUUUUGAGGUGGAAUAAGGUGAAGAUGGAGCUGCACUGUCGAUUCCUUAAGCAUUUUUCUUGUUAUUUAAGUGAAGUUGGGCAUAAGAUCCCAUCUGUAAGAGCAGUACUCGUGCGGAUGGUGGCAGCCUGUGCUGGGAAGUCAUUCUCGUGUUCCUGCAGCAAGUUGGCUCCCAGGUUAAACGCUGCUAGCAUGGAUGAUGCUGCUGUCUGAAUAUCCACGGCCAUGGCACACGAGCACAAGAAAGCAUGGGAUUGCACCAAGCACAGAAUCCCUGUAAUUCAAGUUCCAUUCAGUUUCUUCUGAAAGCAAGUCAUCUUUUGAAGUGAUCCAAAGAAGCUAUUGUGGAUUAUAAUGCUCUGAAGAUCUGGAUUUUCAGUGACUUAAAAAUAAGGUGUCUUUUAAUCUUUUAAAUGAAAGAAAUUAAGCUCUCAUGCCACUGUUGUGUUUUCCGGAAGCCAUUGUCCUAAAGGAAAGUGCACAAUUAAAGGGCAGACGUGAUGAUCCUCUCGGCAGGGGUUUCAGUCUGAUAGCGUUGGCAUCAUGACCAGCCUGAAACGGUCACAGACCGAGAGACCCGUGGCCACCGACAGGGCCUCCAUGGUCGGCGCAGAUGGCGCCCCCAAAGUCCACACCGAUGACUUCUACAUGCGGCGCUUCCGGUCCCAAAACGGUAGCUUAGGAUCAUCAGUCAUGGCUCCUGUGGGGCCACCGCGCAGCGAAGGCUCGCAUCAUGUAACCUCGACCCCCGGAGUCCCAAAAAUGGGGGUUCGGGCAAGAAUUGCGGAUUGGCCCCCACGGAAAGAAAACAUAAAAGAAUCAAGCCGUUCAAGCCAGGAAAUAGAAACCUCAAGUUGCCUUGAAAGCCUGUCCUCCAAAAGCAGUCCUGUGAGUCAGGGAAGUUCUGUUAGCCUCAAUUCCAGUGACUCAGCCAUGCUGAAGAGCAUACAGAACACACUCAAGAACAAGACGAGGCCGGUGGAGAACAUGGACUCCCGCUUUCUGAUGCCCGAAGCCUAUCCCAGCUCCCCUAGGAAAGCGCUUCGCAGAAUCCGGCAGCGGAGCAAUAGUGACAUUACCAUAAGUGAGCUUGAUGUGGACAGCUUUGACGAAUGUAUCUCCCCCACAUACAAGAGUGGGCCCUCGCUGCACAGGGAAUAUGGGAGCACAUCUUCAAUUGACAAACAGGGGACAUCUGGAGACAGUUUCUUUGACUUGUUCAAGGGCUACAAAGAUGACAAAUCUGACCGAGGUCCAACCCCAACCAAGCUCAGUGACUUUCUCAUCACCGGAGGGGGCAAGGGGUCUGGCUUCUCUUUGGAUGUUAUAGAUGGCCCCAUUUCACAGAGAGACCACCUCAGGCUGUUUAAGGAAAGGGAGAAACCACUCAAGCGGCGUUCCAAGUCUGAGACUGGAGACUCAUCCAUUUUUCGUAAAUUACGCAAUGCGAAAGGUGAUGAACUUGGAAAAUCAUCAGAUCUUGAGGAUAACCGAUCGGAAGAUUGCGUCAGGCCCUGGACGUGCCCCAAAUGCUUCGCCCACUACGAUGUCCAGAGCAUCCUGUUUGAUCUGAACGAGGCGAUUGUAAACAGGCACAAUGUCAUUAAGAGGAGAAACACCACGACAGGAGCCUCGGCAGCCGCUGUGGCGUCUUUGGUCUCUGGCCCUUUGUCCCAUUCUGCCAGCUUCAGCUCCCCAAUGGGCAGCACCGAGGACCUGAACUCCAAAGGAAGCCUCAGCAUGGACCAGGGGGACGACAAGAGCAAUGAGCUUGUCAUGAGCUGCCCUUACUUUCGGAAUGAGAUAGGUGGCGAGGGUGAAAGGAAAAUCAGCCUGUCGAAAUCCAAUUCCGGCUCCUUUAGCGGGUGUGAAGGUGCCUCCUUUGAGUCUACCCUCAGCUCCCAUUGCACCAAUGCUGGAGUGGCAGUCCUGGAAGUGCCCAAGGAAAACUUAGUGUUGCAUUUAGAUCGAGUGAAAAGAUACAUCGUGGAGCACGUGGAUCUCGGCGCCUACUAUUACAGGAAGUUUUUCUACCAGAAGGAACACUGGAAUUAUUUUGGGGCUGAUGAGAAUCUUGGUCCAGUGGCUGUGAGCAUUCGAAGGGAAAAACCAGAAGAAAUGAAAGAAAGUGGAUCUCCGUACAACUACCGAAUAAUUUUUAGAACUAGUGAGCUCAUGACCCUAAGGGGUUCGGUCCUGGAGGAUGCCAUUCCUUCAACAGCCAAGCACUCGACAGCCCGAGGACUGCCUCUGAAGGAAGUGCUGGAGCACGUGAUUCCUGAGCUCAGCGUCCAGUGCCUGCGCUUGGCCUUCAACACCCCCAAGGUCACAGAACAGCUCAUGAAACUGGAUGAACAAGGGUUGAACUAUCAGCAGAAAGUGGGCAUCAUGUACUGCAAAGCUGGGCAGAGCACUGAAGAAGAGAUGUAUAACAAUGAAGCCGCCGGCCCGGCCUUUGAGGAAUUCCUUCAGCUGCUGGGAGAACGAGUUAGGCUCAAAGGAUUCGAGAAGUACCGUGCACAACUAGACACCAAAACUGACUCCACUGGAACGCAUUCCCUGUACACAACAUACAAGGACUAUGAGAUCAUGUUCCAUGUCUCUACCAUGCUGCCCUACACACCCAACAACAAACAACAGCUCCUACGGAAGCGGCACAUUGGAAAUGAUAUUGUAACAAUAGUUUUCCAAGAGCCUGGAGCACAACCAUUCAGCCCGAAAAACAUCCGAUCCCACUUUCAGCACGUCUUCGUCAUCGUCAGGGCUCACAACCCUGGCACUGACAGCGUCUGUUACAGCGUGGCUGUCACCAGAUCCAGAGAUGUACCUUCCUUUGGACCUCCCAUCCCUAAAGGAGUUACUUUCCCUAAGUCAAAUGUGUUCAGGGACUUCCUUUUGGCCAAAGUGAUUAAUGCAGAAAAUGCUGCUCACAAAUCGGAGAAGUUCCGGGCCAUGGCCACUCGGACUCGCCAGGAAUACUUAAAAGAUCUGGCAGAGAAGAAUGUCACCAACACCCCUAUCGACCCUUCUGGCAAAUUCCCAUUCAUCUCUCUGGCCUCUAAGAAAAAAGAGAAAUCUAAGCCAUACCCAGGGGCUGAGCUCAGCAGCAUGGGGGCCAUUGUGUGGGUCGUGCGGGCCAAAGACUACAACACAGCCAUGGAGAUAGACUGCCUUCUGGGAGUGUCCAACGAGUUCAUCGUCCUCAUUGAACAAGAAACAAAGAGUGUGGUUUUCAACUGUUCCUGCAGAGAUGUGAUAGGGUGGACAUCAACUGACACCAGCCUCAAAAUCUUCUACGAGCGAGGAGAAUGUGUCUCAGUGGAGAGCUUCAUGAGCAGCGAGGAUAUCAAAGAGAUCGUCAAACGGUUGCAGUUUGUUUCAAAAGGUUGUGAAUCGGUGGAGAUGACUCUGCGAAGAAAUGGACUUGGACAGCUCGGCUUCCACGUCAACUACGAGGGCAUUGUGGCCGAUGUGGAGCCCUACGGCUAUGCCUGGCAGGCAGGGCUGAGGCAGGGCAGCCGCCUGGUGGAGAUCUGCAAGGUCGCUGUGGCCACCCUAAGCCAUGAGCAAAUGAUUGACCUUCUGAGGACCUCUGUCACGGUGAAGGUUGUCAUCAUCCCCCCACAUGAUGACUGCACCCCACGCAGGAGCUACUCCGAGACCUUCCGCAUGCCUGUGAUGGAGUACAAAGUGAAUGAUGGAGUUUCCUACGAAUUUAAGUUUCCUUUCCGCAACAACAACAAAUGGCAGCGGAGCGCCAGCAAGGGGCCUCAUGCCCCGCCAGCCCCAGCACAGGUGCCAAGCCCCAUGACAUCACGGCUGAAUGCCGGGAAAGGAGACGGAAAGAUACCUCCUCCAGAAAGAGCUGCCAACAUUCCUCGGAGCAUCUCCAGUGACGGGCGCCCACUGGAGAGGCGGCUGUCUCCUGGUUCGGACAUCUAUGUGACCGUCUCAUCCAUGGCCUUGGCAAGAUCCCAGUGUCGUAACUCCCCCAGCAACCUCUCCUCGUCCAGUGAGACUGGCUCUGGCGGGGGCACUUACAGACAGAAAUCCAUGCCAGAAGGGUUUGGUGUCAGCCGCAGAUCCCCAGCCUCCAUCGACCGGCAGAACACCCAGUCGGACAUGAGUGGCAGUGGGAAAUCCACACCCAGCUGGCAAAGAAGUGAGGACGGCAUUGUCGACCAGAUUGCUUACAGUUAUAGAGGACCUCAGGAUUUCAGUUCUUUUGUCGAGCAGCAUGAAUAUACAGAGCCCACGUGCCACCUCCCAGCUGUUUCCAAGGUCCUGCCAGCGUUCCGAGAAAGCCCCAGUGGGAGGUUAAUGCGGCAGGAUCCGGUGGUUCAUCUUUCUCCAAACAAACAAGGGCAUUCUGACAGCCACUACUCGAGCCACUCCAGCAGCAACACCCUCUCCAGCAACGCAUCGAGCGCCCACAGCGAUGAGAAGUGGUAUGACGGGGACCGAACAGAAUCCGAGCUCAGCAGCUACAACUAUGUGCAAGGCACCUCUGCGGACAGCGGCAUCGACACCACCUCCUAUGGGCCUAGCCACGGGAGCAGCGUCUCCCUGGGAGCUGCCGCCUCAUCUCCUCGCUCGGGGCCAGGCAAAGAGAAAGUCGCGCCCCUGUGGCACAGCUCCAGUGAGGUGAUCUCCAUGGCUGAUCGGACACUCGAGACUGAGAGCCCUGGCAUGGACCGGAAAGCAGAAUCCUCCCUGAGCCUGGACAUGCACAGCAAGAGCCAGGUUGGCUCCAACCCUCUGACCAGGGAGAACAGCACUUUCAGCAUAAACGACGCCGCCUCCCACACCAGUACCAUGAGCUCGCGGCACUCAGCCAGCCCCGUCGUCUUCUCCAGCGCCAGAAGCUCGCCCAAGGAAGAGCUGCACCCCGCCGCCACCCCUCAGCUCGCUCCAUCCUUCUCCACAUCGUCCUCCACUGCUGCUGGUCCUAGGACCUUCUACCCCCGCCAGGGGGCCACCAGCAAGUACCUGAUUGGAUGGAAAAAACCGGAAGGGACCAUCAACUCCGUGGGAUUUAUGGACACGAGAAAGCGUCAUCAAAGUGACGGUAGUGACAUGGCUCCCGCCAGGCUGCGGGCAUCCACCAGAGACCUCCGCGCAUCCCCCAAACCAACCUCCAAGUCCACCAUUGAGGAGGACCUGAAGAAACUGAUCGACCUGGAGAGCCCAACAGCUGACUCUCAGAAGAAUUUUAAGUUCCACGCACUCUCCUCCCCUCAGUCCCCCUUCCCCAGCACCCCUACCUCGAGGCGGGCACUGCACCGGACGCUGUCAGACGAGAGCAUCUACAGCAGCCAGCGGGAGCAUUUUUUCACCUCGAGGGCUUCACUCCUGGACCAGGCCUUGCCCAACGAUGUCCUCUUCAGCAGCACGUACCCAUCCCUCCCCAAAUCCCUGCCACUGCGGAGGCCUUCAUACACUCUGGGAAUGAAGUCUCUGCACGGAGAGUUCUCUGCCUCGGACAGCUCCCUCACCGACAUCCAGGAGACUCGGCGGCCCAUGCCGGACCCUGGCCUGAUGCCCCUGCCCGACACUGCUGCCGAUCUGGACUGGUCCAACUUGGUCGACGCUGCCAAAGCCUAUGAGGUCCAGAGAGCCUCCUUUUUCGCUGCUAGUGAAGAGAAUCACCGUCCCCUGAGUGCCGCCUCCACCAGCGACCAGCUUGACGACCAGGCUCUGGCCCAGAUGAAGUCGUACAGCAGCAGCAAGGACUCCUCUCCCACCCUGGCCUCGAAGGUGGACCAGUUGGAAGGCAUGCUGAAGAUGCUGCGUGAAGAUCUGAAGAAGGAAAAAGAGGACAAAGCCCACCUGCAGGCGGAAGUGCAGCACCUGCGAGAAGAUAACCUGAGGCUGCAGGAGGAGUCCCAGAACGCCUCGGACAAGCUCAAGAAGUUCACGGAAUGGGUCUUCAACACCAUAGACAUGAGUUAGGGCCGGCCAGGAGGUGCGGGCAGGGCCAGCCACGCCGUGUCCUCGGAACUCCUGCCCCAACUCCCGGCAUCACCCCUCCCAGAGUGCACAACACAACAAUCGGAGGUCAGCUGUCAUUAUCUGCCUUUUGUAGAAAAGAAAAACAAAAAAAAACUAAUUUUAAAAAGUAAAAUAAAAGUUUAACUGCUAAAAUGUGAAUGUCUUUAUUUUUUUUGCACAAUAUCCUUACCUGUUAUGUAUUAAA